UACUUUUAUAUUAAUCUUACAAUAGCCCUAGUCUGCAUCGGUGUACCUGUGGUGAAAGACGGCUGUGAUAUCCAACGUUUGGCGGAAUAAUAGGUAGAGUUUGACACUAGUUUCGUAGCGAAGGCGGAAGGAACGAUUUACCCGCCGCAGCCUCGCUGCUUUAAUCCUCCCAUCGAAGGCCAUUUUGAGGACAUCGAAUCGAUAAUUACGCCUGUUGGAAAAUUUGUUACUACAUACCCUCAACUAUCGAAAAUGGUGAUUCAAAGUCUUCAGCAUCGACGCGCGCAUAAUUUACUUUUGAUAUCCAAGUUGCUGAAUUGUCGAGAAACCGCCUCACCGUUCACUCUGAUUUUCGACUCGCUUGAGCAAUCUGCAAAACCACUCCUUCGUGAAUUCAUAAGGAGGGCUAAUCUCGCGAAAACGUCAGUUGUAUAUGUCUCUUUUGAGACAUUACGACGUCCUGCAGGCGUCGAGAGCGUCAUUAAUGCUAGAGGAAAAGCCUUGGAUGUCUUGCAUAAAGAGAUAGUUUCUUGCGCUUCAAAAUUAAGCCGAACGUUAUUAAUCUUCGACACCUUGCAGCCUAUUGCUAGCACUGCUCCAACGGCUCUAAUUUCAUUUCUUUCAUCACUUAUUGGGCCAUCUGUUUCGCUUCUUGCUACAUAUCACUCAGAUGUUCCGUUAUCAAAUAUUUCACCCUCCCCUUACAGCCCUGACCCAGUUACUCUCCUCCGAUAUCUUUGCACUACUGUUCUGACCGUUCAUUCUUUAUCGCAUCUUGCGGCCAAAAAGGCCGCUCGUGACCGAAGUCUUGUUGAACCAGUCUUUGGUCUUGAUGCAGAGAUUGAAGGCAUGAUUAGAGGGAUCGGCGGAAACGAACCAGGAGAUGUGGUCGUUGAAAUGGAGUUUCGCCGCAAGUCUGGCCGUGGCGUUCGGGAGUGGUUCGUUUUGCCAGCAAGGUCCGGCAAAUUCAUACCAAGAGGAAAAGAUGAUAUCAUCCUGCUAGAUGAUCACCCGCUAUUUAAAAACGUGCCCGCCGAAGGCGCCAAAGCAUCUGAGGACGGAGAGACAAUGGAUACGACAUUCAAUUUGGGACUCACCGAGAAGCAAAGAAGAGAUCGAGAAGGGGUUGUCUUACCAUAUUUCGAUGCUCAGAAUGAUGAUGCAGGACCUGGAGAAGGAGGAAGAAUUCUCUACGAUAUGGGUGAAGAGGAUGACUUUGACGAGGAAGAAGAUGAGAUUUGAGAAAAUUAUAUCUCUAGCGAUUACAUUUUGAAACAAUUCUGCAAAUAGUC